AUGCUGCUGAAAUGGGCUUUCUUAGACGAGUCGCUGGCCUUACACAUCUGGACAUGGUCCGGAAUACUGGCAUCCGGAAGAGCCUUGGAAUACAGCCUUUGCUUCUCCAGAUUGAAAAGUCACAGCUGCGAUGAUUUAGCCGUGGUUGCCAAUGCCUCCAGAAAGGGAGGCUACGCAAUUGUUCCUUGCAAAUCCGACCGGCAACAGGCCCAGAGAACGGCCAAGAUUAACCUGGUGCAAACAUAUGGAAGGAGUCUCUUCCAGACUCCAUUUGUCUUUUGCCGAAGCUCAGACUCUGACACAGAAUCGGGAACGUUGGAAGCUCUACCUGACGUGUCUGCCUCCGCGACCCGAAAGGAGAAGCGGCGGUGGAAGAUGAAGAAUAAGGCAUUCCAAAUUAUCCUAAUGCAGUAA